CGCAACAACGCGCGCAUACGAACGUGAGACUCGAAACGCCGUGAAACGAAACCAAUACGAAGCAAACACGACGUGUGAAGCUCAAGUCGCAAAGCGUCGUCGUGUCGCGCGUCGUCGCGAUCAAGUGAGACAUCGCGAUGCUUUGCAUAACUGCGAUGAAAAGGUGCAUAAAGUGAGCGUGUGUGUGUGUGUUUUUUUAUUAUCAUUAUUAUUGGCAGUGAAUGGGGGAUCAAUAACGAGGCGUGACAAAGGCUGACCUCGCAACUGGACCAUAGCCCCAAAACAUAUUUGCAUCAGAAUAGCGAGAGAGAGAGAUAUCAUAGUGUGGCGAAUUGUGAAAUGUGCAACAAGUGUUGUUGUUGCUGCAAUAAUUAUUAUUAUUAUUCGUGUCGUUGAGACACUCAUGAGAUAAACUUUCGAAUAUGCCCAUUGGCAAAGUGCCGCAGUCGCUGGCCAUGGGCCGCAAAGCAUCGACCAGCGAAGCACCCAGCAUGGAUAGCACCAUCGAUUCACGGAUGUCCAACAGCGAGCUGCUCCCGAUGGAGCUGCUCAAGGUGAACUAUGUGCAUCAGUGCAAGCAGGCAAUGAUGCGCAAAUCGAACGAACCGCUGUCCACGCCGCACCUCAAUAAUCCCGCACGCUUCAUGGGCUAUCGACGGCAGCCGGCGCCGCUGCAAAUGCCACGCCCCUCAUCUCACCAGCCGCUGUCGCCGAACAGCGCACACAAACCGUUGCCCGCAUUGCCAGCACCGCCCACAGUCGAGUCCUGGCUGCUACUGGCCAAGCAACCACCACAGCAGCAAAAACAGCAGCAGCAACAACAUCGACCGCAAACAGCGAGGAUUAACGAAUCGGAUUGUUGCUGCUCGCAGUCGGCGUGCUCCUGCUCCGACUCCAAUUCGGAUGUAACCGAGGCGAGCACCGUGACACCCGACUGCGAAAAGUCGCAGAGCUGGAAUUAUCGCGACGUGCGACGCGAUCUUGCCAGAGCUGGCGCCGCAGCUGGGAUCAAAUCUCGCGCAGAUCGCAUAGCGCGCAUCGAACGCAGAUCGAACUCCCAACAGCAGCAAUCAAUGGAUGAAGCUCAAUGUGUGGCCUGUGUGCAGCAGCCAGAGCCACAGCGCAGUCCCAUCUUUCAGCCACAGCAACGUCUGCAGCCCAAGUCGCGCAUACCCAAACCCACUGUGGUUGCUCCGCGUAGCGAGGCUCCACCGUACAGUGAGGCCAACGUGCAGCUGCAGCGACGUGUGCAACAGCUGUUCCAGCAGCAAGAGCAGGCACCGAAAUGGAUGUUUCAAAAGGCGGGUAGUCGCCAGCCACCGCCACAGCAACUAGAGCAGCAAUCGCCGCGAUUGCAGCAGAAGACGAAGCUGGAGCGUGUUCACAUACGCAAAAAGCGCCAACCGCUGCACAUUGUCAAUCAACUGGCAGCGGCAACAGAAGCCAAGAGCAGCUGCUCAACAACCUUGGCUGCACAGGGCGAACGCCUGAAGCGUUUCUCGCUGGAGAGUUGCUCGGACUCGGGGGUUUCCUCCUCCAACGACACCAAGGAACAGCAGCAGACGAAGCAAACGAAUCUGCGUCGCGAGGACAAAUGCGUCGAUUGUGUUCAGGUGAAGGUGCAGGUGCACAAGCAGCCACAGCGAACACAAAUCGCAGCCGAUCCCAAUGAUCUGCAGAACUUUGCCAAGAAGAACGUCACCAAGGCGACAACCAAUGAGCUGCUCACUGCUGCUGUGCAGCCCAAGCAGUGCAACAUCGAGAAAGAGCGACAUCUAAAUAAUCUGAACAAUCAUCAGCAUACAACAACAACCACGACGACGACAACUAUCAGCAUCGAUGACAGUUGGGUGCAGGAAUCCUGCAAGGAUCCCAACGACGAUUACAUGGAGACAGACUCGCUGAUGCUCUGCCCCACUACGCAGCCCCUCAGCUCGUCAUCGAAGCGCAACAGCGUCAAGAUCUUUGUGAGCAGCUGCGAUGACUACGAGGAGCAUAAACUUGCCUUGGCCAGACCACGUCAUCUGGCACCCUCCUCUAGGGAUUCCAUGUCAUCCUCGGGCUGCGGUGGUUCGAGUCGGGAUAAUAGUUCAAUCUGCGAGUCCGAGCAGGACUGCUGCUCCUGUGCCGGACAUCAGCUGGCAGGCAUUGGAGCCUCGAGUGCCAGUUGCGCCAACUACGAUUGCUGCAAUGCCAUUGGUGGCGUCUAUUGGAACAAUGCCUGCUAUCAGCUGGAAGCGGAUGCUGCUGCCGGCGGCUGCUGUUGCAGUCUGUCCAGCUGCGAUGAGGAUGAUUGUUCGUACUACGAGGGUGACUUUGUGGUUGAAUUGGAUCAUCGCAUUCCGAGCCGACAGCAUAACAAUCAAUUGCCGCGAAAGACUGGCAUACAUGAGCUGCGACCCAGAUCUAUGGACGGUGUCAUUGACUCGGGCUCGCUGAAUAGCGACACCAGCUCGAGUCCAGACAACGGCGAACAUGCAAUGCAGAAUCAACAGGAUGCUGAGGCGCGGCGACUUAAGCGGGGCCAUGUACUCUCUGAGCUGCUGGAGACGGAGCGCAUCUAUGUGAAUGAAAUGAGUUCGAUUCUAAAGGGAUACUGCGACCAAAUGCAGUCCGAUGAGUUAAUGCAUCUGGUGCCCGCCAGUCUGCAGGGCAAGGAGGAGAUACUAUUUGGCAAUCUUCACGAGCUCUACACUUUUCACAACGAGGUCUUCCUCAAGGAUCUAGAGAACUGCAUAUCCACCACUGAGCUGGUGGCGCUUUGUUUUGUGCAAAGACGUGAUACCUUCUAUCGACUGUACUCGUUCUAUUGUCAGAACAUACCGCGCUCUGAGCGUUUGCGUGAGACGCUCGUAGAUACGCAUCUCUUUCUGCAGGAAUGUCAAAAGCGUUUGGGCCACAAGCUGCCGCUGGCCGCGUAUCUUCUGAAGCCUGUGCAACGCAUCACCAAGUACCAGUUGCUGCUGAAGGAUCUGCUGCGCUUUAGCGACAGCGGCAGCUGCACCAAGGAGCUGCAAAAGGCACUCGACUGCAUGUUGAUUGUGCUCAAGUGCGUCAACGAUUCCAUGCAUCAGGUGGCAAUCACUGGAUUCCCAACCGAUCUGGCGCAGCAGGGUGAGCUGUUGCUGCAGGACUCGUUCCAGGUGUGGACGGAAUCGAAGAAGGACAUACGACUUCGCAUCAAGCCACAGCAACGGCAUAUCUUUCUCUACCAGAAGUCGCUGCUUUUCUGCAAGCAAACCUCAAAGACGGGUCACAACAAGAGCACCUAUCAGUUCAAGCAUCACGUUAAGAUGUCACAAAUUGGUCUUACCGAGUCUGUGCGUGGCGACACAAAGCGCUUCGAGGUCUGGCUCCAGGGUCGUCAGGAAGUACACACGAUGCAGGCGCCAACCCUGGAUGUGAAGAACAAAUGGGUGGCGGAGAUCAAGCGGGUGCUGCUCAAUCAGCUCGAAGAGUUGAAGGGCGAGAAAAUCAAACAGUAUGGCCUCAAUCAUCGUGGCCUCAAGCAGACCACCUCCUGGGAUACUCCCUAAUAUUAUACUGAGCUCAGCCAGUCGCACAAUCAGCUGUGAUGCCUCCUCCGAGUCCUCCAAUCGCAACUCCAACUGCAGCACCGAAGAGAAUGGUUCGGCACCAGUUGGCGGCACCAAUUCCAGCGGCAGUGGCAUGGGAGACCGUGAGCAUCAAGAAGCCUGUGGCUGGAGCUCUGAUUACUCCAACAGCGAGGACGAGUUGUCCCUGAACGAAGACAACAGCACGCCGAGCUUCCUGAAUGUCCUUGCCCAGUGGGCGACAUACAAUGCCGAUCGUUCUUCUUCAUCUACGUCCACGUCAAACUCCUUUGCGCGCAGCAACAAAUCCAACUCCAAGUUUUAUGUUUCCGUUGACUAAAUGUUUGAAUGGAAGUCUGUCUAGAUUCCAAUUCAGAAGGUUGGACCCCAGGAGCGUAUUUGGAAUCGGUCAAUCGAAAAUCGUCUAGAUCAUCGAGCUGCAAUCAGGAGCGAAUAAAUCUAAAAUAAACAAAAAGUAAUCGUCAACGUCAUCUCUCUAGCAAACUAUCUCCGUUUAACUAUCUCCAUUUAACCGAAUUACGAAUACUCUGCAGAGCACGCUAUCAAAACUUAAUCUAUCGCUUAGAUAGACAACAGCAUUUGAGCUUCUAUCGCCUACAUAUUUGAAUCAAAACUAUAACCACAGACUAUGCUCUCCUCAUCGAGACUCUAAUAACUACCUUCUUCUCUCAGCCUUCAUUUCGCCUCAAACAAAAAAAAACCCCACAGCCAUUGGGCCUUGUAAAAGUGUAUAUUGUGGAUACAAA